AAAAAAAAAUUCUUUAUAUCUAAAAUAAAAUCAUAUAUCUACUUGUUGCUUUCAAACUGCACAAAACAUGACAUGAAAAUAAUCUUAACAUCAAAAAACUGGUGUUGACGUGGAUUAUGAUGAUGAUUGCUAAGUUGACGCGCUUUGGUGAUGUUGAUUGUCUCUUUGCACUGCUGCUGAUGCAUAAUGAUAAUUACAAAUCGUUUUUCUACUUCUUGUUAACACUCAGACUCAAAACGUUAUUGCAUGCAAUUUCCAUAAAUGGUUGCCCGUCAGAUUCAUUUCACAUGCACAGCGAGAGAUGCGAUUUGAUCAAAAUGAUGUAAUUUAUGGCAAGUAUAGAAUUCAUCAAAUUCAGGUUCAAAAGGAAACGGAAACAUACAAUCUAUAAAAUAACUCAAUAAGACUGAAAACUGAAAAAAGAGCUCUAUUUUUUUCAAAAUAUCAAUGGAGUUGCAACCUUUAUUAAUGACUAUCGCUCUUUUCCUUUUUUGUUUUUUAAAUUGUCAAUUAACUGGAAAUUACUUCUGCAAAGGAGAAAAUGUUGUUAGCAAUGCGUCGUGAAUCUGAUCAUCAAAGUGGCAUCAUCCAUCAUCAAAAUCCAAUACAAGAAGAUCAAGAACACCAGCAGGACCAAUCAAGUGUGACAACAGCAUCAUCCGCACCAGCAGCAAUUAAUCUUCAGUCGACCUCUGAUUCUAUAAAUUUACCUCCAACAUCUACAGGCUCACAGAUCUCAGUUCCACAAUACGGAUUUUAUAGUAAUCCAAGUUCAAGUGGAAACUAUCUGCAUUCGCAUCAUCUUUCACAACUGCCGCCACCGCCACCACCUCCACCACUCACAAGUACAGGUCGUUCGGUUCUUCCGCAUUCAUCCACCGGAAGUGGACUUGACGAGUACGUAGAUAUACUUCAAGUUCAGCAACUUCUUUUGGAUUCUUCUUCAGCAACCUCAUCAGGAGCGACUUCAACAACAAUUUCCAGUUCGCAAUCUCUACCGAAGCCACUUCCAAGACCUAGAAUCAACUUACAGAAGGCUUCUGAAUACGCUGCCCAAAUUCAAGCUGAAUCCCCUUCAUCUCGUCGAGUAUUGUUAGACUAUCCUAGUCCUUAUUUCUACGGAAAUCAUUAUCACUCGUCGCCGAAUGAAGAUCUCGUUGCCCUUUGGUUUGGCAGCAAUGGAUCAGGCGGCGUAGCCCCUGGAACCCCAUCAGCGGCCAUGAUCAUGGAAGGGCUUGAAACCCUUGUGGCGCCAUCGCAUCACGCAUUCCUGCUAACUGAGUCCGCAGCGGCAGCUCAUUUUAACGUUUUGAGCUUUGAUACAUGCUUGUUUAAGACUACCGCUCAGACCAGUCCAUCAACCGCACCCGUCUCCGUUUCAUCGGCUGCUUCGUAUUUAUCGAAUCCGUCGAGUUUUGGCAGUGGCUUGGGUGCCCAAACAUUGCUGCAUUAUAGUUUAUCAUCAUCAUCAUCUUCACAGCAGCAUCAUCAUCAGCAACAAGAAAACCAAACCAAUAGCAGUAGUAAUUCCCAUCAUCACCACAGCCAUCAUCAUCAGCAACAACAUCACCAGUCAUCACAAAGUACAUCAGUAUCGGGUAGUGUGCAAAACGUCAGCAGCCAGAAUACACGCAUCAGUGACAGUUCAACACCGUCGGGCAUUAUUAGCAGUACUGGUGCAUCAGCACAGACAACAACCACAAGCACGGCUAGUGGCCCAAACAGUAGUGGUUCGGGCAGAAGUUCAGCCUCGCAUCUGAGUUUGUUGAAUACUAGUUCCGGAGAGGCUAAUAAACAUCAUCAGCACACGCACACUCAACAGCAGACACACUCGCAUCAGCAGCUUCAUCCCAGUCAGGAUUGUGACGACGCUCAAGCUGGGGAUUUGAAUACGCCCGUAACGACAUCUAGUGAUAUCCCGUCGUUCUUCGGACCGUCAACUGUUGUUGAACCACCUCCAAUUACAGGUUCAAUUGCAUCUGAGGAUCUCUCUCUUGAGCCCCAGACUGUAUCGAGUCCGGUGUUGUGUAGCCCAUUGAAGGAAGAGCGCAGCACCCCACCCACACUGAUAGUUAAGGAAGAAACAAGUAAUAAUAGUUGUACAAUGUAUCCAACACAUCUUACAAAUAGUCAAACCACAACAUCAACAACAACAUUAGGCAAUAAUAGCAAUACACACAACAAUAAUAAUAACUCAAUAAGUGCCAGUAAUAGCAAUAAUAACACAAAUCACCAUCCUCACCAUCGGCAUGGCCAACAUGGCAACAGUUCACCACACCAUCGUCAUAGUAUACAACAGCAACACAAUAACAGUCAACAUAAUAUGAAUCAACACCAACAACAAAACCAAAUACACCACCAGAGUCAGUUACAUCAACAACAUUUACAACAACAACAUCACAACACACAACAACACCACCAACAACAUCAGCAACAACAACACCAACACCAUCAACAACAACAGCAACAACACCAUUCACACAUCCAACAACAACAACAUUCUCACCACCAACAGCAACAACAACAACAACAACAUCAAAGUAGUGGUAAAAUAUCAUAUCGUGGCAUUUUCACCACUACAGGUAACCCAUCCAUGGGUGGACUGUCAGCCGCGGCAGCAGCAUCGGCAUCACAGCUUAAUUCACCACAGUUGAGUGUACUACCUAGCCAGAUGUCACCACCGUCAGCUGGCCUCGGCAGCAGCUGGGGUCUUCCUAGUCCCGAUAAAACGCUCUUUCAGCCACCGAUGUUCGGCCUGCUGGGACCAGGUCCACAAAACACCAACGCACAAGCUCACUACGCCCCACAGAACACGUCUGCCAGUAGCCCCUCACCAUCAGCUCAUCACAUGCACUCCGCCUACAACGAUGAGCGUAAUCCUCAACAUGUUGAACUGCUUGGUCUGAACAUGGACUGCUCAAGUAUAAUUCUGAAGCAACCUCCUCCCAGCUACAGCAGCGGGUGUGUGUCUACUAUAGAUCUCCAGCCUACCCAGUCAAGUCAAGAUCUCAACCAGUAUGCCCGCCAGCAAAUGACAGCUUCCAAAUAUCAAUGGUUGGACUCUCCAGCCGAGUAUGGUAGUCCGCAGCAGUCCCUGGUGGUACCAGGACCUUCAUCGUCGGCAUCUUCCGCCUCAGGACUAGUACCAAAACAAGAGGCUUAUAGCGACCACCAUAUGUCGACCCCCAGUGGCUCCCAAUCAGGGUAUUCGGUAGUACAGUUGGCCGAAUACAGUCCAUCUACCAGCAAGGGCCACGAAAUUCUCUCCCAGGUCUAUCAGCAGAGUACAUUGCCACUCAAGCUUGUCCCAGUAAAGCCCCGCAAAUACCCCAACCGGCCCAGCAAAACACCAGUUCAUGAACGACCUUAUGCAUGCCCCGUAGAGAACUGUGAUCGCCGAUUCUCACGCUCAGAUGAACUCACCCGCCACAUUCGCAUCCAUACUGGCCAAAAACCGUUCCAGUGUCGCAUCUGCAUGCGAUCCUUCAGCCGAUCAGACCACCUUACGACACAUAUUCGAACGCACACUGGCGAAAAGCCCUUCUCCUGCGACAUCUGUGGACGUAAAUUUGCUCGUUCCGAUGAGAAAAAACGUCAUGCCAAAGUCCACCUCAAACAACGCAUCAAGAAAGAGAGCAAACUCAGUCAACAACAGCAACAGCAUCAACAAGCUGCAGCAGCAGCUGCGGCAGCGGCGGCACAACACCACCACCAACAGCAGCACGCUCAUCACAUGUUGCAUUCCGGUGACCUUUCUAUUGUGACGACAAGUGCAACAAGUUUGUAGGUCGAGGAAAGUCUAUCGCCGAUUGAUUCUUUUGUAAAUUUCCCUAUCGAAGCUACGUGGAAAGACUUCGAUGAUGCAGAUAUACAAGACGACGAUAAUGAUAAUAAUAACGAUGCGGCAAUAACACCGGCGGUGGCUGUGACGGUGGCGACUACUGCCAACAAGGCUCAGGCGAUAGCAGCGGACGAAAUAAGCUGCACAGAUGCAUCAACAGGAACUGCACCAAAAGCACCGGUGGCAACAGUUUCUGUUGGAACUUCUACGUCGGAUGUUGAAAGUGUUGCUGGUACGACCAGCAUACCAUUUACAAUAUUAGCUCGAAACAAUAAUUCUAAUAAUAACAAUAAUAGGGAUUGGCUUAUUUUACUAUUAACACAGUAAGAAUUUCUAUUGGAAAUGUUGUCAAAAAUGAAGGUGCAAUGUAAGAGAAGUUUUAAAAGAAAAAAAUAAGUUCAAAACCACUUAACGCUAAUGUUUCACUAAAUUGAAAAAAAAAAAAAAUUAUUUAAUGCAGAAUGAGCUUAUCAACCCUCAAUUGGUUUGAGAAAACAACUGGUAUUUCUUGCAAAUCUUACAAAAAAAUUAUAUAAGGUGAAAUGGUAGGUGCGACGGACUCUUACUUCAUAGGAUCACUCCUCUGAAUUAGUUCAUUUCAUCUAAGAAGUUCAGACUAAGCAGAAAAUUGUUAGCCUUCCCAAUUUUUGCAAACAAAUUAAACACAAAAAGGAAUGGUUGAGAGUUGUAAGUCACUAGACUAUGGUCCUUCAUAGGAAUGUCGCUCCAGAAUCCAUAUUUUUAAGCUUCGUAAUAAAGGUAAAGUUAUGAGCUUUAACCUGUCAUACCAGUGAUUUGUUGUUUAUAUAACUCCCGAUCUCUUUACGAGGGUUUUAAAAAAUUUUACUCUUUGGGUUCUACCCAAGAAGGUACUGCGAUCAUCUGUAAAUGAAACUAUAGAAGAGAUUCCUCCUUUCACACCUGAACCUUAAAUAUCUUGUAUAUUUUCACACACUUUACAGAAACACAUUUAGUAGAUAUGGUUAUUUUAUGAUGAUUUGAGUUGAGAAAGCUAUACAAGACGUGUUUAGUAGUCCUAACACCCAAUAAGGUAUACCUUCUCUUAAGAUCACCUUCUUCAAUCAUCAAACUAAAAAAUGUUUGCGUAAUGCUAUAAACGUAAUGAUCAUAAUAAUAUAAUAAAAAGAAUCAGAAAACCAAACAUAAAAUUCAUAUCACAACUUCCUCUAUAUAAGUUUUUUUUUUCUUGUGGUUAUUGAUACAACUAUUUAAUGAUCACUUUAAGCAGUAGACCUUCAGUGAACUAUCGAAAACCCAUUACGCAUGAAGUAAUUUAACUUUUAUUUAUUUUCAUAUUUUUUUUUUUUCUUGAUCGCAGACUUUGAUUAUAUUUUUCAAAAGUGUCACCAAGUACCUACAUAAUAAAAAUACAAGAAAAAAAAAUAAACCAGCGCCAGCGUGGGCCUUUGUUUAAGAAGUUGUAAGAACAACUUUUUGCCCGAAGCUUAUUAAUGAUUGAGCGUUUGAAUAUCUCGUUUUGCUAUUAAGUUAUAUUUUUUUACACCAGAAAAUUAAAUAGCUCUUUUGGAGUUGAAGUAGAGACAAAAAGUUUUUUCGAGAAUUUGUGAAAUAUUAGAAACGGAUUCCUUUUCUUAUAUUACAUCUUCCAACCUGCUGAAUAAGAUGUCUAUUUUAAAUAUUGCCAAACAGAAACUUUUUAAGAAAAAUACAAAAAAAAACAAA